AGUAUCCCGUGGAUCUCGCCAAAUCCCCAUUCCCCUUCCCCUCCAGUGAGUCCUCUCUGCUCUCGCCUAGUCGCCUCCCCGUCUCUCCCAUCCUCCCAACCCCUCUGACCGCCGAACCCUAGCGAGCAGAUCGCCGAUGGAGCAGGGCUGGGCGAGCUGGUUCGGCGCCGGCGUCACCUCCGCCUUCUUCGCCUCCCUCGAGCGCUGCUCCUGCAUCAACCUCUCCACCGACGACGACGACGAUGAGGAGGAGGCCAACGACCGCCCCCUCAUGCUCGCCGCCGCCCCCUCCGACCAGCCCCUGCACGACGCCCCCGCCGUCGCCGCCGGCAAGGAGGAGGAGCAGGAGCAGGGUCCUCCCCUCCCGCCCGUGUGACCGCCUCCCCCGAUCCCUCCAUCGCUUGCGUACGGCUUACUCCUCCUCCCGUCCGCGUCCUCUGCUCUAGAUCUGAUGAACUGCUGCUCGUCGCUCGUGGCCGACUAAUAAAUCCUGCCGAUUUUGUUGCUGGCCAUGUUUAAAUUAAUCAAAUUAGUAGUAUGUGUGUGUGUGUGCGCCAUGGAUUCCUGUUGUUGUGUCGGACGAUGGAUCAAUCUCUAUACAUCUGUUGUUGAAUUGCUGCCCUGUGGAUGAAUGAUUCUAUGCUCCGCGAUGAA